AUGACAGGUACCUCUCCACCCACGUGUGGUGCAGAAACGUCAUUUUUGGGCGGUAUCGCAGCGAUUGGUGACAAUGGUACCGGAAGCGUGCCUGUUGCUGGUGCCCCUCGAACAGGUUGUAUUGACCUCAACCCUUCCUGCUCCGGCUGGGGUGAGGGGGAGUGCGAAUCCAAUCCUCCUUUCAUGCUCGUCAAUUGCCCUGUGACGUGUAACUCUUGCUCACCUCAAGAUAAAGAGACUUGCGUCAACAAAGGAGACGAACUGUCAUGUGAAUUAUCAGCAUCCUUAGGACUCUGUCUAGUCAAUCCAUCCUACAACCUUCGCUUCUGCGCAGGGUCUUGCAAGCAGUUCAUCGAUGUCUGCAGAGACGACGAAGAGACAGUACGUGAUACAUCCAGCUGCACUGGUCUGCGGACAGUAACUGACCCUGAGUUUGAAUGUGGUGUCGUUCCAUCGCCAAAUCGCUUAGGGUGGUCUCCGCAAAGUUUUAAAAGUAAAUUUGCUCGACAGCCAAAAAGAUUAUUAGGGCGGCCAGGCAAGAACAGGAAACCACUCAUUUAUAACAAAAACAAGUCCCUGAAAAGUUCAACAAGGCAGCCGACAGAGGCACAGAACAGAGGAAGAGGCAAUAGGCUCAGAAAGAAAAGAUUGAAAGGAAGGAGAAACAAUAAGAGAAAGAAGGGGAGAAACGAUACGAGAAGAACCACUCCGCUACCUAGUGCUGUCACUCUGCAAUGUGAUUGUGAAGAUCCACAGGAAGCAGUCAUCUGCGGGUGUACUAUCUUUACAACUCCAACCCCCGAAACUAUUGCUGCCGUAACUACAUAUGAGCCAUCAUCUAACACAUCCUCUGACCCAUCCCCUAGCCCAUCCCCUAGCCCAUCCCCUAGCCCAUCCCCUAGCCCAUCCCCUAGCCCAUCCCCUGACCCACCAACUGAACCACCCCCUUUUGCCUGGAUUUCUAGCAUAGCAAUUCCUAGUGUAGCAAUUCCAGUAGUUGUUGCAGCUGCUAUUGCGGUUCCCCUGGGAGUUGCCAUUCCCCUUGGGGUAGCUGGGACACAAGUGCAGCCAUCACAAGGGAUAGGGUCGCUUGGUCAACAGCAAGGAGCCUUACCUCCUUCUUCCCCUCCUCAACCGCCACCUCCUCCUCCCCCUCCUCCUCCUCCUCCUCCUCCUCCUCCUCCUCCUCCUCCUCCUCCUCCUCCACCUCCACCUCCACCUCCACCUCCUCCUCCUCCUCCUCCUCCUCCUCCUCCUCCUCCUCCUCUUUUCCCACCAAUACCUCCAGUCAACAACUUCCAGAGAUCUGCGAGGUCUCUAAUUCCAAACUGUGACUUCAGUGGUUAUCUUGAGCUGAGGCGAAAUUUAAAGUCCCUGAUCUCCCUGCAUACUGGGCGACCGCUAGAUCCUCUAGCAAUAGAGAUACUCGAUGCAGUAAACUACUGCAGGUAUGGAUCGGCAGAGAAACCAAACAGACUGGCAUCUCUCUUCGCAAAUAAAAUGGGUCCAGCAGACAAAAAACCUCCAAAAUUCUGGCCUGGAAUCAGUCACCCAGCGCUAUUCAUCCACGGUGGUCCAGACGAUGACGUCGAUUCUUCUUCGUUUGGUCUACAACCAGAAAAUUACCCUGCUGUUAUGAGUGGUGGUGGCCACAAGGGUUUACCGGUGGCCUCCAGUGGAAUUCCUGGUGACCCUGGAACUAGUAAUGGGGGAAUACUUCCACCAACCUCUUUUGAAACUAUUUUUUACAUCCCUCCAGUUCUUCCACCAACAGCUGGAAAAGUUCCAGCCGCUGUUAGUCCAGCCUCACCAUCGCCAGUUUUUACUGGAACUUUACCAGAAACAUUCACAGUGGUGCCAGUAACAGAAGACCAAAUAUCAGCAUCCCCAGGUUUUCUCGAACCUUUACCAGAAACAUUCACAGUGGUGCCAGUAACAGAAGACCAAAUAUCAGCAUCCCCAGAUUUUCUCGAACCUUUACCAGAAACAUUCACAGUGUUGCCAGUAACAGAAGACCAAAUAUCAGCAUCCCCAGAUUUUCUCGAACCUUUACCAGAAACAUUCACAGUGGUGCCAGUAACAGAAGACCAAGUAUCAGCAUCCACAGAUUUUCUCGAAACUCGACCAGAAGCCCCUGAAGUGACGCCAACAGCCGAAGGCCAAACGCUAGCAUCUCCAGGGGUUCUUCCAGCAGCAGUUGGUGCGGACGGUGAGGGGGAGGAAGCAGUUGACAGGGAUAGAUUCUUCUGUGGUGGUGCUCUCAUCACUUCUUCUCACAUCCUGACAGCCGCCCACUGUCUUGUUACAAAAAGGCCUUCUGUGAUUCGCCUCGGAGAAAGAGACUUCACCAGGACCACGGAGAGCAGAGCUAUUGACUACGACGUCAGGAAAAUCACUUUACAUCCGGACUAUAAUCCUCUCUACAGAUACAACGACCUUGCAAUAAUUGAACUGGAGCAAGAAGUAAGGUUCACAUCCCUCAUCCGGCCCUACUGCUUGCCUUCCACCAGACGGGACCUUGAAGGUCUUUCGUGUACCGUUUCCGGAUGGGGAUCCCGCCCUAAUGAACUGGCAUCAACGCUGUUGCUUAACGUCGAAGUGACGGUGAGGUCUUUGGACGAAUGCAACGCGCUGUAUGCGGACGCUGGGGACUUAUUCACCGAAGAAUAUCCCAACAAGUUGGACGACACCCUCCUGUGCGCGGGCGGAGGCGUCGGGAGGGAUGCCUGUAGGGGUGAUUCGGGCGGUCCGCUGGUGUACGAGGGCGGAGGUGGACGUGGUGAGGAAGUGGGUGUGGUCAGUAGCGGUCUUGGGUGCGGUGACCCCCGAUACCCAGGCAUCUAUUCCCGCACGGACGCCUUCCUGGCAUGGAUAGAUUCCGUCGUGUACGGCGUCUGCGCCCGAGCGAUUACAGUUUAGUGGCAUUCUGGGUAAUAUCCACCUAAAAAAGUUUGUGUUCAACUUUCGUUCAAAUUGUACAUACAAUCAAGAACAAUGAUGAAGUCCUUGUUGGUCUGCACCUUUCAUUGUUCUUUACUCCGAAUGUUCGGCUCUUUUUACUGAAUGAUGCGAUACAUAACCAUGAAAGUGAUUCCGUAAUUAUUUGUACCUGAGACAUUGACUAACAUAAGGUAGUAGAUACACGCCCUAGGUAAACACUUUCAUUUUAGUUUCUUUACGUUUUGUAACGCUAACAUUAGUAACCCUAGCAUUUUUUGUUACUGUUAAUACUAGUGUACGUUGCAUUUACUUAUCUCAGAAGUCCCUCGAAGACAUUUUGAAUCAGGUUAUUAUAAACCCGACUAAACCAGGGUCUCGUCUCUCUUCUUUCCAUCAUAAUAUAGACACCUAAAUAAGAGGAUGCCAAGGGCUGUUAGUGGCAAGAAAGCAGGAGAUGAAACUGACUUCACAAACUAGAGUUAAGACUCUAGUGAAAAGAGGGAAAGAGUUUUACUACAUACAGGAUCGGUCGUUUGUUCUGUAGUGACAAGAGUUAAGAGAAAGCUCCGAGACGUGUACGUGUAAGCUCCGAAACUCCUCAAUAAGGAAUGCCCUGUAAAUACAUUAUUGCAUGGCUUUCAGUUUAUUCGCAUGGGACAGCGAGCACCUGCUUGAAAACACCACUGUGGCUUUCCCACUAGACAGCCUCGGAUCUAGCAGAAGAAGCUUUUAGAAAGUGCUCAGAAGUAGAGCGUUUCUUAUUCAUUUAUCGCGGUCGGAGAUCAUACGUCUUACUCUCACCCUCGAGAUGCGCGAUGAGGCGGAACAUUGCUGCAGGGAAACCAGGGGUAGCUGCUACGCCCAGUGUUUUCUGUUUGUUUUGUUAUGAAUUCUUUGAGCAAAUUGCACCAGCAGCAACAAACGAUAGUUCCUGUUUGUUCUUGAAAUCCCAGCUUGGAUACAUUACUCUGAAUGUGGCACAGCAAAGAACUGACGCAACAGUCAAAGAACGAGACUCAGGACAAUUUUUGUCAUAUUGUAGUUAUGUACACUAUAACUUUUAAGUUAUAUCAACUAACACACGCAACUAAUGCAAUCGCUAAGAUUGCUUAAUUGAAGCCAUUUAAUUAUUUGUGUAUUUUGGCACCCCUAUUAAUAGCCCGUUUCUAAGAUAUCUCGAUCAUUUAAACAAUCAUGUAUUGUGGCAGUUUAGAAAAACUGACAACCCAUAGAUUUUAAAAUAUUUAUGAAAGCGCCGUGAUAAAAGGAAAUAUAGUGUCCUGUGGCAUGCGGGAUGGUCUUCUUUCGCUAAAUCAUUCCGAUAGACUUCAUUCAGUGACUUUGAUAAUAAGGCUUUGGAACAACAGUCGCAAAGUUAUGGACAUUAUGCAUUGUGCUGGGCUCUGGAGAUUUCGUUGAACGUUGAUGGUUAUUUGAGGUGAAAUAAACCAACAAAUCUUUUCUUUUGAAUAAUAUUUGUUUGUUGAUGUAAUUACAGUAACUUCUACGAAUAUAGAAAAAGACAUAUGGCCAACAUUACUGAUAAACCACAGUAGACCAAUUCACUUAUCAAAUCUAUUUAUAAAUUACACAACCUUGAUCAUGUGCAAGUGGCUCUCCACGAAUUUGUAAAUUCCCGUUGAAAAGUUCAAUAUUUUUUUCUAUUCCUGUAAACAACGGCAAUACACGUGACUUCAAAAGUUAGUAUUUCAUUUUUUAUCAUUCCCGAUUCACAGCAUUUGUACGAUAACCAUAAAACUCUGAGCAAGCUGGCAGAUACAAAGCUGUUUAAGGCAAUCAAUUUUAAAUGACUGGAAAAGAAUGUGCAUGAAUAAUCGACAAGAAACAUCUGAAAUUAAGAAGAGGAAAAUUUGAUAAAAAAUAAAUCUUUCCAAAAUUAUUUAUAUGAGACUUGUUUAAAACGAGCAAAUGACAAUGGUGAUUAUUACGCUGAGAACAUGAAAAAUAACUAUACGAAAAUCUGAAGAAAAAGUCGCUAUACAGACACUGGAUGACAGUGCCUGUGUAUGUGUAAACUCGGUUAUUCAGAAAGAAUCAAUAUUAUUCUGUUCAACGAUUACUUCGGAGAUGCCAUACGCGAUGAUCCGUUUGCAUAAUUAAGAAAGUGUAAAUCAAGUGAUACGUCAUAAAAAUAUCUUAUUGCAUAUACAUUUACCCACAGAAUAACUUCGCAUACAUAAUUAUUUCAUUCAUUGAAAAAUUACUUUGAGGAAGCUUCUUGUUUCUAGAUGAACAUGAUAACCUUCUGAGGUAGGAUGGACCCACACAGUAAGGGGCUGCCAGAGAAAAGCAGGAACGGAAGUUAUACGUGGCAUACAAGCUUCUUAAUUUUGAGACCACAAAUAGCCAAGGGAUGCCUAAGAAAAAUAUAAUGUUUUACACGGAGACAUUGCCUUUUAUUUAUUACAAGCAGCAUUUUAUAAUCCUAUACCAAGAAGUAUAUAUGAUAGCAGUUAAUAUUUAAGAAAGUGUUAACCCCAGGUGAAUGGAAUGAACGUUAUCAGAAUGGGAAGGAAAGUGAAAAGGAUUGCCCACUCUUAACUUUUGGUGUUUACUUAUGGAGUGUAACCUGUUGAUAGUUUAUAAUGCUGUAUGUG